AAGUAAUCAUGUUGUUUGUAAUAUUUCUCAGACAUUAGAUAAUCAAUUAAGAAAGUUUUGGGAGCUGGAAGAAAUACAAUUUAACGAUGACAAUCUCACCGAAGAUGAACGUCAGUGUGAGGAAAAUUUUAUGCGCACUACCAAACGCGACGUAGAUGGUAGGUUUUCGGUUCGAAUGCCGUUAAAGGAAUCUCCAGAUGUGCUUGGCGAUUCAUUCGAAAUGGCUAGAAGUCGGUUCUUAGCCUUAGAACGCAAACUAAAUCGCAUGCCACAUUUCAAACAAAUGUACUGCGAAUUUAUGCGAGAAUAUAUUAGAUUGGGUCACAUGAAACGAAUUCAAAAAGAAGAUUCAACGCACUAUUUUCUUCCACAUCACGGAGUGUGGAGGGACGAUAGUACUACCACAAAAUUGCGUGUAGUGUUUGACGCCAGCGCUGUUACGACGUCAAACAAGUCAUUAAAUGAUAUACAGCUGGUAGGUCCAGCGUUGCAAAACGAUAUAUUUUCUAUUUUUUUACGAUUUAGGCAGUAUAGAUACGUAGCCUGUGCCGACGUGGAAAAAAUGUUUAGGCAGAUAUUAAUACAAAAUGAUCAGAGAAAUCUACAGCUUAUAUUUUGGAGAGAAAACUCGACCGAUUCCCUCGACAUUUAUCAACUAAAGACCGUCACCUAUGGCACUGCGUCUGCCCCAUAUUUAAGUAUGCGUUGUAUUCGUCAGUUAGCUGAAGAAGUUGAUGACGAAGCUAUUGCUGGCGUAAUUAAAGAAGAUUUUUACGUGGACGACUUAAUCACGGGUCAUGACAGUUUCGAGUCAUUGUUGGAUAUUUGUGAAAGAACGUCUCAAAUAUUAAAUUUGGGUUGUUUCCCAUUACGUAAAUGGACUUUCAAUCAUGACUCUACAACUCAGGUCUUUAAAACGUUGGCAAGAGAUGAACAUUGUCAAAGUAAAACACUCGGGCUGAGUUGGUCGAAUAUCACUGACGAAUUUCAUUUUACAACAGAAUUGGAAAAUUUAGCUACAGUAACUAAACGAGUUAUUCUGUCGGUUGUUUCCCAGAUCUAUGAUCCCUUAGGUCUGUUAUCUCCGAGUAUAAUCAUUGCUAAAAUUCUCCUACAAAGGUUAUGGUUGCAAAAAAUUGAUUGGGAUGAUCCAGUUCCUGACGAUAUUGUGAUCAUGUGGAAUCGCUUUAUUAAUUCUAUUACAGAGACAUUAAACUUAUUACGAAUUCCGCGUUACGUCAUGAGUGAAGGGACGCUGCGUUGUGAACUUCAUAUUUUUGCAGACGCUUCACAGGAUGCAUACGGUGCCUGUGCUUAUAUAAAAACGUAUGACGAGUCUUCACGCAACACUGUUCAAUUAUUGUGUUCCAAAGGUAAAGUUGCCCCAGUUAAAACUAUUACAAUACCGCGGCUUGAGUUGUGCGCAGCACUUUUAGGUGCCAAGUUGUAUAAAAAGAUUACAGUUUCACUCAGAUUAAAAUUUAAUAAGACAUAUUUCUGGACGGAUUCAACAAUAGUGUUGGGUUGGAUUAAAAUGUCACCUCGUAUGCUUAAAACUUUCGUACAAAAUCGUGUCACACAAAUAAACGAACUGACAGGCGAUGCGCUAUGGUGCCAUGUCAGCAGCAAAGACAACCCGGCGGAUUAUGUGUCUAGAGGUUUAUAUUUGGAAGAGUUACAUAAAUGCAAAACUUGGUGGCACGGACCAGAGUUUAUAGCUGCCGAUAAUUUAAAUUAUACCACUAAUGUAAUUUUAAAUGAUACCUUAUUACCUGAAGUAAAAUCUCAGUCUCAUAUUGCUACAAAUAUCAUGACAAAUGAUUUUAACGGUGAAUUAUUUGAUUUUAACAGAUUUUCUUCAUUUAACCGAAUGCGACGCACUGCAGCAUACAUUCUGCGAUUUAUCUAUAAUAUGCGCGUGGCUAAUAAACAACUGCGUAAAACCGGUUUGUUGUCAGCUGAUGAAUUAAGCCAAUCAGAGCUUUUUUUAACGCGGUUCGCUCAGGUGCAGUCAUUUGGUAACAAUUAUGAUACACAAAAAAAACAUCGUUCGGGUAAAUUGUCAGGACUCAACGUGUUUGUAGACGCUAACAAUAUUUUGAGAGUUGGUGGUAGAUUAAAUAAUUCAAGUUUCGAUUACGAUAAAAAACAUCCCGUGUUAUUGUGCGGUAAACAUAGAUUUACAUCGUUAUUAUUUAGAUCGGAACAUAAGCGAUUAUUGCAUGCGGGACCUCAGCUUCUCUUAUCUAACAUUCGUGAGUGUUGGUGGCCAUUAGGUGGUAGAAAUCUAGCAAGAAAAACGGUACAUCAAUGUGUGACGUGUUCUCGCUUGAAGAGCGUUACUUUAAAGCCCAUUAUGGGUGAUUUGCCGGCCAAACGGCUUGAAGAGGGUUUUCCAUUUAAAUUCUGCGGCGUGGACUAUGCUGGUCCGGUUAUGAUUUUAACUCGAAAUGGCAGGGGAGCUAAAUUAAUAAAAGGUUAUAUUUGUUUAUUUGUUUGUUUUUGUACACGCGCUAUACAUUUAGAACUGGUCACUAGUUUAUCGACAGACGAUUACAUACUCGCAUUAAAGAGAUUUAUAUCUAGACGUGGUAAGCCAGCAGAGAUAUUUUCUGACAAUGGCAAGAAUUUCGUAGGCGCUGAAAGGCAAUUUCAAACAUUUUUAACUGAAAAUAUGGAAGGUAUAGUCGAUUAUGCAGCGGGCAAUGGGAUGAAAUUUAGUUUUAUUCCUCCUUACUCUCCUCAUUUCGGUGGUCUGUGGGAAGCGGGAGUAAAAUCUUGCAAGUACCACUUGAAACGUGUCGUAGGUAAUUGUAACCUAACUUAUGAAGAAUUUAGCACGGUAUUGGCACAAAUUGAAGCUGUCCUAAAUUCCCGUCCUAUAUCCGUUUUAUCCUCAGAUCCUAACGACGCGCUCCCUCUUACACCAGCUCACUUCCUGGUCGGUCGCCCCCUUACUGCGCCCACACAAGGAGACCUCACAAAUGCUCCGAGUCACACUCUGUUGCGAUACGACCGCAUAGAAAAGAUAAGACAGCAUUUUUGGCAGAGAUGGGCUAAGGAGUAUGUGUCGGAACUUCAAAGUCGGUCCAAAUGGAAAUCCAACAUUAGCGAGCUGGCAGUUGAUACAAUAGUACUGGUCAAAGAGGACAACGUCCCCCCAUUAUCGUGGAAGCUGGCACGAGUUAUACAAGUGUAUCCGGGGAAGGACGGUGUUUCACGAGUGGCAGAUCUUCGGACCUCAUCAGGCGUGAUUCGGCGUGCAUUCUCGAAGAUUUGUCCGCUGCCUAUCACAUCACAAUGAGGAAGCGAUUCGCAUAUUUUAUCACUGAAGAUAAUUUACAUUGGAGCCUGCGGCAUCCAAGGCCGGGGCCAUGUUACAGCGAUAUAAUAUAAUAUAUUUUAAACAUGUACACAAAAGGUAGAAAUUGUAAUAAGAGCCAUCUUGCGCUCAUUGUAAACACUACAAUUAAAUGUGGCCAUUUUUUAUUUUUUGCUUGUCAGUCAGUCCAAAAUAAAAAUGUCAGUUCAUAGUCAA